AGAUCGACUUAUCGAACAAUACUGGGAUAUCGGGCAACAUUUCGUUCAUCUUCCGGCUCUUUGCGUGCGACACCUGUUCGAGGGCCAUCUCAUUCGUGUUGAUCCAGGUGGUCGUGGUGCGCCAUUCCCGCGACCUGAGCCUGCUCGUGCGAGCUACACUCCUCUACUUACGCUCCUUCUCGGGACCGAAGCGCAAGCGCGUGUCUCGCCAAGCUGUUCUACUUUGCCUCGGAGCGAACUUCACCUUCUACAUGGUCUACUGCAUCGAGCACCUAGAUGUGUAUUUGACGAGCUGGCAUGGUGUACGCUUGGUCCUCUCCGCCCUAAUGCCAACCAUGCUCGCCAGCACGAUCCAGGAUACGUUUGCGCACAUCGUAUCUGCCAACGUGGACUUUUUGGCGGCAAUCGCGGACGGGGUGCAGGAGCACGUCGACGCGCUCCUGCGCCUUGGGGCGCGGAUAAGACCCGCGCACCGCCGGGUCCCCGGAAGGGUCACUGGGUGGGUCACCGGGAGCGUCAUCGCAGUCACCGACAGAGUCCGUGCACGAGACGAGCUCGGCGGCGAGCAGAGCGACGCACGCGUCCUGGCACUCGGCCUGCGCGCGCUCCGGGUACGCUACCAAUGCGUGCAAGACGUCGUGCUCGCCACUAACUGGCUGUACGGGGGGUUCAACGUGAUCACCACCACCACCUCGUUGAUCCGGGGAGUGGUGUUCCUGUACUGCGGCUUGUUGAUAACUUUAGUGCUCACCGGAAACCUGGGAGAGCACGGGGACAUUCCCCUUCGCGAGUCGGAUGGAGCCUGGUUACUGGGCUGGGGCAUCAUGCUCGUCGGCAAACUGGUGUUCAUCUGCGCCAUUGGACAACAGAUGAGCUCUGAG